UUGUUGGGUUCUUGAAUCAAUUAGUCCACGUGGGUCGUUUAUGCUCUUCACAUUGUGGCCAUAAUUGGUUGACAAAAUCGGGAAUAAGCAAAAAGAAAUUUGCACUUUUUCGUUUUUCAUUCACUAUAAAGCCUGAAUCUUGCUCCCUUCCGUUUCCACCAAAUUCUCUCUGUGUGCUGCCUGCCUUGCCUGCCUGCCCUUUUCCUUGUAUCCCAGAGCCCAUUGGCGUGCGGAAGAAGCAGCUUUCAGAGCAGAUUCAUGGAGGGCGCCAUGAGGAAGACGAUGAGCAGUGGUAGUGUUCAUAUGGAGAUGGAAGACAUUGACAACAAGUUUCAGGAAGCGUAUGGGGAACAUAACGCCACUGAAGAUCAGCUCAUUACCCCCUGGACUGUCUCUGUUGCUAGUGGCUACUCCUUGCUGCGUGAUCCCAUCUACAACAAGGGCCUUUCCUUUACUGAGAAAGAGAGAGAUGCUCACUACUUGCGUGGCUUGUUGCCGCCUGCACUUUUUGAUCAGGAGCUUCAGGAAAGGAGGAUGAUGCACAAUCUUCGCAACUAUGAUGUUCCUUUGCACAGAUAUAUUGCCUUGAUGGAUCUUCAGGAGAGAAAUGAAAGGCUGUUCUACAAGCUUCUCAUCGAUAAUGUUGAAGAACUGCUUCCAGUUGUGUACACUCCAACUGUAGGCGAAGCUUGCCAGAAGUAUGGGAAAAUUUACAGGCGACCUCAGGGCCUUUUCAUCAGUUUGAAAGAGAAGGGAAAGAUUCUUGAAGUUUUGAAGAACUGGCCUGAAAGGAACAUUCAAGUUAUUGUUGUGACUGAUGGAGAGCGGAUUCUAGGCCUUGGGGAUUUAGGAUGCCAGGGCAUGGGGAUUCCUGUGGGAAAGCUUUCUUUGUAUACAGCACUUGGAGGAAUAAGACCCUCAGCUUGCUUGCCGAUCACGAUAGACGUCGGUACGAACAACGAGCAGCUUCUGAACGAUGAGUUUUACAUUGGCCUUAAACAUAAACGAGCCAGAGGACAGGAAUACAUGGAACUUUUAGAUGAGUUCAUGUAUGCAGUAAAGAAGAACUAUGGAGAGAAAGUCCUUGUACAGUUCGAAGAUUUUGCAAACCACAAUGCAUUCGAGUUGCUUGCAAGAUAUAGCUCGUCACACCUCGUGUUCAACGACGACAUUCAGGGUACGGCAUCUGUCGUUGUAGCAGGACUACUUGCAGCUCUUAAACUUGUUGGAGGGACAUUAGCUGAGCACACUUUCUUGUUCCUUGGAGCUGGAGAGGCUGGGACAGGUAUAGCUGAGCUUAUUGCUUUGGAGAUUUCAAAACAGACUGGAGCUCCAGUUGAAGAGACUCGCAAGAACAUUUGGCUUGUGGACUCAAAGGGGCUGAUCGUUCGAUCCCGCUUCGAAUCCCUUCAACAUUUUAAGAAGCCUUGGGCUCAUGACCAUGAAUCUAUCAAGGAUCUUCACGACGUCGUCCAGGCAAUCAGGCCGACUGUGUUGAUAGGAACAUCUGGUGUUGGGAAGACAUUUACAAAGGAAGUUGUGGAGGCCAUGGCAUCCUUCAAUGAGAAACCGUUGAUCCUUGCUCUCUCGAAUCCUACAUCACAAUCGGAGUGUACAGCUGAAGAAGCUUAUACAUGGAGCCAGGGCCGGGCGAUCUUUGCUAGUGGAAGUCCAUUUGAUCCUGUUGAAUACGAUGGGAAAGUUUUUAUGCCGGGCCAGGUACCUUUCAUACUUACAAAAACUGAUCUUUCUAGUAACCAUUCAAUUUCAACAACUUGGUUUUAUCUUAUGAGCUUGCAUUCUCUUCCUAAUGUCAUUCAGGCCAACAAUGCUUACAUAUUCCCUGGAUUUGGCUUGGGUCUGAUCAUGUCGGGCACGAUUCGUGUGCACGAUGACAUGCUCCUGGCAGCCUCUGCGGCUCUGGCUGCCCAAGUGAGUCAGGAAAACUAUGAUAAGGGAUUGAUUUACCCUCCUUUUACCAACAUCAGAAAGAUAUCUGCUAACAUUGCUGCUAAAGUUGCUGCGAAGGCUUAUGAACUUGGUCUGGCUUCUCGUCUUCCUCGACCGAAGGAUCUCGUAAAAUAUGCAGAGAGCUGCAUGUACAGCCCCCGCUACCGUAGCUACCUUUAAGCAAGUAUUGUAGGUUCAGUCUUUAAAAAUUUUCCACACAUCUGUCGUUUCUAGUCCUGGCAUUAGCAUAAGACAUGCCUUCAAGAGGCUGUUGUUUCUGUCUCCUAAUGUCCUGUUUCUGAAGUUGUCCGUCUCUUAUAUAACAUUCAUUUGAUAUUCAGAUUGAGUAAGAAUGUAUUAGGCAUUUCCAAUACAUUGCCUUAUCUCACUCUUAUCUUACAAACUACGUUACCAUUGCAUAUUAUAUACAAAACAUAUAAUUGGAUCAA